AUGGCUAGCAUUGUGUCAACAGCCUACGGGCAACAACCUAGGCAAUUCUUGCCUAUGGGCUUGCCUGGGCUCGUGGGACCCACCCAUUGCUCGAGCUGGACUUGGCGUGUUGGAGAUGCAAUUUGGCCCUUGAGCCCCCUCCUGCCCGGGUAUGCCCUGCACAGUGGAUUUGCCCUUAAAGUUUAG